CUCAUAACUUCUUUGCUCCCAUUGGGAUAGCAUCUUACUAAAUAUUUGAAUUUGAUACAAGAGUCAAAUUUCAUUUAGUCUUCAAUAAUAUACUUAAAUAUCCACAUUGAUCAUUCGUUUUAUAGGAAGUUCAAUAAAUGACAGAUGAUGAGGGAAGAAGACGACUAAUGGAUGCUGGAAACUCGAUAAUAAGAAGAAGUUUUCAUAAUAAAGUAAGAGAUAACUGGAGAGAAGAGAAUAAGCAAGGAGAAAAUAUUCUUCCAAAAGAUUAUAACUCAAAAUAACAUGCCACUCGAAAGAGGAAAAAUGAGUAAAACAAUGCCGAGGUCGGCUAGCUUACAGAAUAUAGCCCAACCAGGAUUGGUUAAUUAUUCACCUAUAUCUUACCGAGCAAAGAAUAUAAAUGCUCCAGAAGGUCCACUAGUUAAUCCUUCUGAUCCUGUAAACCACCUAUACAUGUAUUGGGAGAAUAUGAGGAUGCAGUCUAUGAUUUAUCAAAAAGAGAUGAGCAUUGCUCUUGCCCAGAAAGAGUUAAAAAGAAAAAUGAAACAAGAAAAACGAUUACAAGAAAUAAUGCAGCUAUGUGACCUCAAAGAAGACAAGGUUUAUGAUAGAGCCCAAAAAACAGCUGCCCUAGUUGGAGAUGAGCCGAAAGGAGAAAAGAAAGUUUAUAAGAAUGAUAACCCUGAAGCUGAUGGGGUUCUACUCGAUCUCCACAAUCAAGAAUAUAAGAUGGCCAAAAUCCUAUCAACUUUAGAUGAGAACUCUAAUAGCUAUAGAACAAAGCUACAAAAGUUAAGAGAUAUGGUCAAAGUGAGGAAGGAAUUGGAAAGAAUGCUUCACUUCAAAGUAGACCAAAAUCAUUAUAACUACGAAAAGGUAAAGCAGGAGAGGAAGCAAAAAGAUUAUUAUGCAGAGCGAUUACGUAAAAGAAUUCAUAUGGAAGGAGCACCAGUAAAAUCGAUCCGUGAUUAUUCCAAACAAGAAAUGGACCCUUAUAGAGAUGGUUUCUUUAUUCAGUUUGAUUAUAUACUUGAUAUUGUUAAAGAAUUUCCUCAAGUUCAACUAGUAUACGGAAUUUAUAGAAGAAGCGUUCAGAUUAAUGAGCCUAAACAAGUUGACCUAGUUUUCACUGAAGACUCUCAUGAUCCAACUUUCUCAAUGGCUCUUUUUGACCAAAGACAUACACUAAGAAAACUUAAAGCUCAUUCUGAUACAAUGAUAAUUAUUGAAUUACAAGUUCCAGAAAGAGAUAAUGUCUAUGCUGAAAAUAAAAUGAAUACUGCAAACAAAAAUUUUGGAGAGAUCAACAAUAUGAAGACUUAUGCUUGGACAUGAAUUGAUCUUUUUACCUCAAAGAGGGGACUAAAAGAAGGAGCGUUUAAAAUUCCUUUCUACAGGCCUCCAACCUCAUUAAAUGUAAGCAAGGAAAGUAUUGGUAAAUAUAUCAGAAUUACUCCAACUCUACUUUAUAUGAGAAUAAUGAGACUCGAACCAACACAUAUUUCUGAAAUAUUUUGAAACCCUGCUUAUAAGAAGAAAUAUGUUAUUCAUGAUUUCCAUGAUUUUGUUAAAAGAGGCUUGGCUCCAGCUAAAGAUCAAGAGAACGCAGGAAUAAAUGUAACUAUUCACUAUGUUAAAGGAGUAAUUCCUGAAACACAUGUUCGAGUCGCAUGAUGUCUUCAGGUUGGUGAAGAUAUACUAAGAGCACAGAAUCAAAAUCUUUGCUUCUUUGCAACUAAAGGCCUGAAGGCAGGUGGCAAAACUGCCCAUGAAGUAAGCAAAGCAGUUACAGUUGGGAAUAUGAAUCCUCCAAAAACUGAGAGAGGAGAUGAGCAGGAAGAGACUGGGGGAUAUGCCAAAACGGCACAAACAUCAACUGCUCUCUUAGAGUUUAAUGAAACCAAAUCUUGGAUCAGAGAUAUUGAAGCAUCAUAUAGGGACGAAUCAGGGAGAGUUGUGACUGAUUGAUAUUUGAUUAUACAACUUCUACAAAAGAACACUAAAAGCUAUCCAAGAAAGGUUACAAAUAGACAAAUGCUUGAAGAUGAUUAUGAACUUAUAGGAUAUACAGUGCUACAAAUGAAUCUUAAAGAUGGUUCUCUAGCAUAUGGUACAUAUCAUCUACAGUUCUUCGAAGGCCCAAUAUUUGUUGAAGAACUUGAUCCCAGCAAAAAGAUGAGUACAUCAGUAAAAAUAACAAUUUCCCCUAUUACUUUCAGUUUGCCAUAUGGUGAGCAGAAUCAAAGGCAUCCUUCAAAGACACUGAAGCCACAUCGGAAAGACUAUGACUCAUAUGUUGUCAAUCAUGAACCUUCAUCGACACACCUACCUCCUCAAGCAGUUAAAACUCCUGAAACAGUAAAUACUACUCAUAGAAUAAAUAACAGAGGACAGCCAUCUAACCCUGCAUUUGCUGAAUUUGCUAAAGCUCUUAGUCCAGAUGAUAAAUUCUAA